AGGAGGAGGAUUCAGAAUACUAUCAUCAUCUCAUUUAAGUGAUCUUUAACACUUGAACACGCUUUCACUCGUAUACUUCUUCACCCGAGAACCAGCUGAGACUGAGAGAGACUUUGGGUGUUGGGUUUCUGUUUUCUGUAUUUUUGGUUGGUUGUUUGUCUUUAAUUGAGGUGAGGUAUUGCAGACAAGAGAGUGAAGAGUUUGCAGAAAUCAGAGUUUCAGGUUCCAAUGGCGGCGUUGCAGAGCUGUAAUUCUUGUGUGUCUUUAAUGCUUACAGCAGAACAGUAGAGAGGAAUUCAAUUACGAGCUGAAAGUAGAAAGAUCUCAGUACAAACAGAGAGAGAAAGAGUGUUUUCCAUUUGCUUUUCUCUCUAUUCAUCAACACAUCACAAACAGCAAAGAUCAGAACUCAACAAAAAACCAAAAGAAGAGAAUAAUCAUCAAAGAAAAAAAGAAAAUCUUAUCUACUGAAAAAUUUAUAAAAGCAAAACAAGAGGUAGCAUCAUAUUAUCAUUUUCUUGAUGACUACAACUAGAAAUGAUGAUGAUGAUUAUUAUGUGAAAGAAAGAAGGCCAAAUUACUGAGCUUCAUCUCUCUAUGCUAAUGGAUUUUCUGUCUCAAUUAAUAACAAGGUAUAAUAAUAAUUCAACUAAUUGCUGCAAUCAAUGGCGGGGUUCUCACUAGGUGGGGGAAACAAUCAAAAUCCAUCUCACGAAAUUCAUCCUGACGCCCUUUUUUUGUACAGAAACGAAGAAAUCUCAUCAUCCUACAACAACAAUAACAACAACAACAGCGGCAACAAAGGUUUUGAGUUAUGGCAGAGUCAUCAUCAUCAUCAACAACUCCAAAGACAUUAUCAAUUGCAACAACAACAGAAUGCUUACUCUUCAUCGGCUAAUUUAGAAGUAGGUCCAAGUAGGAGUACUAACGCUUCAGAUGAAUCUUCCUCAAGAGCUUUAACUAUGAUGAUGAGACAAAGUAGUGUUGGAGAUCAAGGCGGAACUAAAAGUUGUCAAGAUUGUGGUAAUCAAGCUAAGAAAGAUUGUGUUCAUAUGAGAUGUAGAACUUGCUGUAAAAGUAGAGGCUUUCCAUGCCAAACUCAUGUUAAGAGUACUUGGGUGCCUGCUUCAAGAAGGAGAGAAAGACAACAACAACUCCAAGCUCUUCAGGAACAACAGCAACAACAACUCAGAGGAGAUCAUCAUUCUAGAGCAAGAGAAAGAGAGAAUCCUAAAAGACUGAGAGAGAAUCCCAAUUCUUCUACUCUUGUUGCUCAUCGAAUACCCACUCAUCAUACAUCAGGGUUAGAAGUGGGAAACUUUCCAGCAGAAUUAAAUUCCUCAGCCGUAUUUCGAUGCGUAAGGGUUAGUGGAAUUGAAGAAACAGAUGAACAAUACGCAUAUCAAACAGCUGUGAACAUUGGAGGUCAUUUAUUCAAGGGCAUUCUUUAUGAUCAAGGUCCGGAUAGCCAUUACGUUCAUGGCGAAAGUUCAUCAGGUGGUGCUGGUGGUAGUGGAGCAACGUAUCAACAACGUAAUCUCAUAACUGAUUCUACAACUACCGCCAAUACCACAACUGUCACUGUUGCCGCAAGUGCUUCACUCCUUGAUUCUUCUUUGUACCCAACUCCCCUCAAUGCAUUCAUGGCGGGUACGCACUUCUUCCCUCCGCCAAGAUCCUAAUUAAAAAAAGUCUCCGUAUGUCAAUCCACAAUUCCAUCGUCUUUUGGUCAUGAGCCCUUAUUAACCAAAACCAACAAAAACUUACUCGUGAACGUUAUCAAUAACCCGGUCAUGAUAAUCGUCACCAUCACUACUAUCUUUCUGUAGCUAUCUAUGUAUCCGCAUUGUUAUUGCCGGUAGUAAUUCUGAAUUCUGUAGUAGUUUUUUUUUUUUUUUUGUUAUUAUUGUUGUUAUAUCAGUAGGAGCUACUUAAUUAAUUACUACUAUCAUUGAACUAUAUAAGCAGCAGCUAGUUUUAGAUGAGAAAGAAAGAACAAUUAAGAGAUAACGAGAAAAUGACAGAAUGUU